AUGGAGGGGACAAACGCAGCAACAGCACUAACCACAGCAAAGACAGGGGUGUGUGAGGUGCAGGUCGACGCCUCUGGUGUUCCUGGUUCUUUAAAGAGGUCUUUGGGUUUUUCUUUGGGCCGUGUCAUUCCCUCUUAUCCCAUUCGCGUACUGAUGCAUAUCCUGAGUUUGCUAGCCGUCUGCUUCAUAGCGGCAAACUCUCUCACUGGGACGGCGACAGUAAGAGGUUCGUUCUGCAACAACACGGAUAUAGCGUUGCCAAAGAAGAAGGGGUCAAUUAACCUGGGGCAGCUGAUGGUAUUGUCUUUCGUUGUACCUUGCAUAAUCAUUAUCCUAGUGGAGUUGCUGAUGGCGCUGGUGCGAGCAACAGAAGACAAAGAUGUUCAAGGCAGCGACAGCGGCGUCUCGCUCUUUGGAUGGAAAGUGCCUCAGUUUAUUGUUGACUACUAUACAUAUUUAGGGGGGUUUGGUUUCACAAUGGCAACUGCUUGGUUGUUUGCGGAUUCAUUGAAAUGCUUCGUGGGUUCCUUAAGGCCGCACUUCUUUGAUGCUUGCAAACCCGAUUGGAGUCAGGUGAAGUGCAAGGGAGACCAUGGGGAGUAUAUUUAUGUAGACGACUUUCAUUGUCAGAAUGAUCCGCAUCGUGUGGAAGACGCUCGCCGCUCCUUCCCCUCCGGCCACAGCACGUACACUAUGUGCGGGAUGCUGUUUGGGGUGUUGUAUUUGCAAGCUCGCUUCCGCUGGCACCAGCAGCAGACAGCACCUAAGAAAAGACUCAGGACGCAGCAGGGUGUGUUUGGGGCUUUCAUUGAGAAGACGUUCUGGUUCUCCCAAGCGCUUGUGCCAAUCUUGCAAGCGUUGAUGCUGCUGUUGGCGUUGUAUGUGCCUGCAACGCGAGUGCUGGAGCAUUUUCAUCAUGUACGAGACGUCUGCACGGGAAUGUUGCUCGGAGGCACCAUUGCUAUUUUUGGGGCCUUCUUCAUCAUUGAUCUUCGUGCAUAA